AUGAACAGGAAGGAUGACUGCAUUGCGAUCACAAACGAACUAGCCCCAUAUCAAAAUUUGUGCGGUGUUGGCAACACAUUUGAGGGUAUUGGAGUGGAAAAAAUGACCAAUCGUUAUCACUUGAGGAUGUUUGCGCUGUGCUUUCUGUUAGCUCCCUAUAUUACUCCAGAAUCAGAAACAUUCAUCAGAUUUUGUGCAUCUCCUUCUUUUCGAGGAAAGGGUGCCUUGGAGAACAACGCCUUUUGCACAGUGGACUAUCCCAAGAAGAGUGACAAUAACCUGAAAGCGGAGGAAUUUUGUGCGAAAGCUUCGCCAUACACCUUCGUAGAGGCUGUUCCCGGAAAAUCAACACGUUGUGUCUUUGUCAGAGAGUACGUUUGUGAAGACUAUGAAGAGGAUCUUUACGACAACUGUUUCAUAGUAAAGAGACUGAACCAGGGAUCAUUCUCACCUAAUGCUUGCCCCAAGGAAUACUCUUUACAUGUUAUAAGUGGCAGGAUGGAGCUGCAGUGGAUUUAUGUUUUAUUCAAAAAAUAUCCCAGAGUGUGGGUUGGAAAUAAAGGAAAUUCUGCCCUCGUGCUGAAACCAAAAGUACGAAAACGCACUCGAAAAGGUGAUAAGAACUCAGAAAACAGUGAGGGACCAAUAUUUGUUCAAUUGGCGAAAGGAUCAUUCAAUGGACCACGGCGAGGAGAAGCCUUCUUCGGCAAUCCCAAAGACGAAGUGCCAUAUUAUCUCUGCUCUAGAAAAGCAGAGGCGUUUCAAGAAACUUUUGCGGAAGCAGGCGAAAAUCUUGAAGUCCUUGGUUUUGAGUCGGGAAGCUUCACUGGCAAAAAUGGUGAAAGUCUUUACGUCGUAAAUUUCGGUAACUUGCAUGCCGUGGAAGCGAAACGAUAUGAAGCGAACUUCAAAGAACUUCACAGCACUUGCAGGAUACUACAAAACGGGUUCGUUGCUGCUCGAGACGAUUUCAAGGAUAUGGAUAGCUUUCAUAAGGCUUUGGAGUUGGCUCAUAACAUGUUACCGCGAGCAUCUGUCGGACGUGCAUCCUCAUAUACAAUGGAUGCGAAUAAGGACUGCAAGAAGGAACAGUUUAUUGAACAAAGCAAGAAGCAGUGGAGCUACUAUGAUGAGCAAGCACAUGCUUUGGAAGUCAAAAAGGAUCAUUGGUGUGACAAAUUCCCGGAUAAUAUGUGUGCCGACACACCACGUAUCACGGCUGUAAUGUACAAACAAGGAUAUAUCGAUAUGCCAGCAAUGGCACGUCGUCCCGUCCUAUGUGCUUCAGGAGGUAGCGCCGAGCGAGGAAAACCUCCUCCACGGCGAGAAGAAGUCUGUAAUCGUGCUGCCCAUUUUAACAAGGAGAAAAAUCGUUGCGAAUGCAACGACCCUAAUUCUGAUGGCAAAGUGAUGAAACCAGCGCUUUAUGGACACUAUCCUCCCGGUACUGUCUGCCUUUCAUGUGACUCAACCGUAGAAGGAAGGUCGAUUGUGUUCAUAAUAGAUGGUUCAGGAUCAGUGGGAGAUAGAGGUUGGGAGAAGCAAAUAGAUUUCAUGAGUCAGUUAGUGGACAAGAUUAAAGAUGUUAGGACAGGAAUAGUUAAGAUGGUAGAUCACCCUCAUGUUUCUUUGGUGAUGGCCAAACAUAGCGAGCAAGAGCUGAGGGACUGGAUUAUUGCAAAUUGGAUAUUCGAACGUUCACUUACGGCUAUGGGAAGAGCGAUUUUUUUGGCAAGGGGCUUACUGAUAGUAAGUUAA